AUGCAAUACGCAAGACCUGCAAAACCCUCUCCUCCAAGUAUGAGCCAACAACAGAUUCUGAGGGCCCACCCUAGAGAGAUCCAGGAUUGCGAUGUCCUAGCGGCCAUUGUCAGCUUUGUCGAGCACAACCGCCAACAGAUCUGGCAGCAAACUGGCAUGAAAGGCGGCUGGGAAGGCUGGCUGCAGGCCGAGCUGGCAAAACUCAUUCCCCAAUCGAGUCCCUACUUUGUUGAAAGAGAACAAGCCGUGUUCCAAGACGCAAGCCAGUCCAUCGACCUUUGGUGCAAACAUCGCACAGAAUAUUACAAUCCAAACACAAACCCCAACCCAUCCGAACGCUACAAGAGAAUCGGUGUCGAGUUGAAAUGCGGAGGAGAAUAUCAGGAUUUCUUCAACAGGACCGUGGCAAGUUUUCAGGGGCGAGUGAUAAACGACAUAAACAAAAUUAUAGCAGGGAUGAACACUGGUAUAACUGGCCAGUCCGGAGCUCGGGUAUAUGCAGUUGGUGUUACCGCUGAUUUUACUGAUUUGUAUGGGUUUGAAAGCGUCGCCAGAACUGGAAUGCAGGUUCGUUACUGGCAAUCGUCGCCGUUGCAAAAUACAGACUCUCUUUACGUGCUCUGGUGGUACCGAGAUUUUCCCUAG